AUGUCCGUUUUCUCCCCAACUCCUGCGGAAACUGCCCUUGUAAACCAGAUAUUCGCCCAGUCCGAUCCUCAGAAGCUCGGGGUCAUUACUGGAGAUGUCGCAGUCCGGGUGUUUGGUGGGGCGAAGCUCCCGCCGACCGUCCUUGGAGAAAUUUGGAAUAUCGCGGAUGAGGAUAACAAGGGAUGGUUGUCGAAGAAGGGUGUUAGUGUGGCUGUGAGGCUGAUUGGGUUGGCGCAGAAGGGAGAGAAGAUAACGCCUGCUUCGGUCAAUAAACCCGGACCACUGGCGAACAUCGAAGGCGUUGCGCUGGUGCCCAAUAGCACGGGCUCAUCGUUACCCAGGUCGCCUGCACCGGGAGUUCCGCAGCUUACCUCACAAGACAAGGCCAAGUACGACAGCCUAUUCCAGCGGAGUGGGCCUGUCAAUGGCUUGCUGAGUGCGGACAAAGCUCGGGAUAUAUUUGUCAAGUCUAAUCUAUCCAACGACCAGCUCCUGCAAAUAUGGAAUCUCGCCGACACGAAAGACAGAGGGGCGCUGGACUCGGCGGACUUCGCCAUUGGGAUGUAUAUGAUUCAGAACGUCAUGUCUGGGAAGAUCCCAUUUAUACCCUCAACGUUACCACCUGGAUUAUACCAACAAGCUGCUGGUGCAGUGGCUACACACUCGACUGGAACUAGUGGAUCGUUCAGUCCUACUCAAUCGGCUUUCGCCCCUUCUCGUGCCCCCCUACAUGCCCAGUACACCGGGCAGCAGUCGUUGCAGCCCGAUCAUACCGGAAUGAGCAGUCAAAGCAGACAAGCACCACGCCUGCCAAACAGACCAAAUCCUGCUGCCGUAGGCAGUAGUGCGUUUGGCACCUCACCGUUUGGCACUUCUUUGAAUGGUAACGUUCAGCCCCAGUGGGAUGUAACUCCUGCGGAGAAGGCCAACGCGGACCGCCUCUUUGAUACCCUCGACACGCAGCGAAUGGGGUACAUUGAUGGGGAUGUCGCUGUCCCCUUCAUGCUACAGUCUAAUUUGCCUGGGGACGACCUAGCCAUAGUUUGGGAUCUAUGUGAUAUCAACGGAGACGGGCGGCUAACCAGAGAUUGUUUCGCCGUAGCGAUGCACCUCAUCCAGCAGAAAUUGGCGGGUCACGAUAUCCCCAAUGCCCUUCCACUGUCUUUGGUGCCACCUUCCAUGCGGAACAACGCGAAUAUGUCGUCGCCUUCAUCGUCAUUCCAGCAACCCGCCGCCGAACCAAUCCGCGACUUGCUAUGGGACGACUCUCCUCCUCCCCCUCCAUCUGCGCCUCUCCCACAGCAGUCAACGGGCGUACCGCAACACUUGACGGGACAGACAACUGGAACUCCCCAAAAUGUUUUUGCAUCUCCCCCGCAAGCAUCGCGGUCCCCACCCCCGAAUGCGGGACCCUUCGGUAGUGGGAGUAAGAACUUCCUCGAUGACGAUGACACUGCACAUGCCCAGCCGUUACACGACCACUCUGCAGAGAUCGGCAAUGUUAGGAAUCAACUUGAUUCUACUACAAGGUCGCUUGGUAGUACGAAGGCCGAGCGAGCAAACCUCGAGCAAACCAUUGCCAACCAAGCCGCCGAGCUGUCGUCUAUGCAAUCACAAUUGGCGGUAACGAAAGCUUCGUAUGAUCACGAAACGAAACUUCUACAGUCCCUACGCGAACGGUUUGCUACUCAGGCCGCUGAGAUUCAGUCCUCGAAGGAGGAGCUAAUUCGUGCCGAAAGUGACUUGAGUGCGGUCAAAUUGGAGAAGGCUGAACUUGAGGGCAGUAUUCUUCGCGACAAAGAGGAGGCGAGAGGUUUGAACCGGAGGAUGCAUGAGUCGACGAAGGAAAUCGAGCUACUGAAGUUCGACAUAGAAAAGGCUAAGAAGGAGGCUAAGCAACAGAAAGGCCUGCUUGCCAUUGCCAAGAAGCAGCUGAGUACGAAAGAAACAGAGAAGGCGAAGGUUGAAAAGGAAUUGGAGGAAGCCACCGCAGAGCUGAACGGUAUUACGAAGGAGCGAGAGGAUGUCGAGGCGGAGUUGGCAAAGGCAUCGGAACUGCCCCUCCCAGUUAGCCCUCCUCAACGAGCUGAUUCUGUGUCCUUUGCUGCUGCUCAACCACUGCCAUCCACCCCUGACGUAGGCUCCCCGUCGGGUUCAGUAAAGAGCAAUAAUCCCUUCGAUCGACUGACCUUCGGUGGUUCAGGGUCCAGAUCCCAGUCACCGUUCAUGCCUUUUGCUAAUGCUGCGAUUCCAACUCCCCCUGUCAAUGGGAAUUCGUCGCAGGCUGAUUCGAAAGAGAUGUCUAACGACGACCCAUUCGGCUUGAAUCAACCGUUUGAACCCGUCCAAAGUGUAAUACAGGACAGCCCUAAACCACCCACGGAAACUAGCGACGUCGUUUCGCCUAUUGGCGAAACAACACUUAAUGGGCCCAGUGCGACGUCCGACGAACAAGCCAAGGAUCCGAUAUCUGCUUCUGCUGAGAGUGAUUUCUUCGCCACUCCGCCAACCACCGCGGCUUCGCAAGUGACAGCCCCCGCGCCGACUGAGCAGGCACCACCUCGUUCCACUACUCUCGAUGAAAUAUCUGCCAAGUUCCCCGAUAUUGACGACUCCAUUCCUGGCGCGUUUCCCGUUCCCAGUCCGACCGCUCCUGCUAACACGGCCCCUACCAAAGCAAAGCGCGAGUCGACGGACCUCAAUCAUCAACUACAGGACCUAGACGUACACGAAUCGGAUAGCGAUAGCGACAGCGACACUGACGAGGAUGAGGUUCCACUUGCUGAGCUUAAGAAACGAGCUUCCACAGAGAUUUCAGCUGCCCAGCCUGCAGCAUCUGGGACAAAUGGUACUUCCAAUGGUCACACUGCCUCGUUUGAAGACGUAUUUGGUCUUUCGGCAGAGGCACCGCCCGCUGCCACCAUAGCGAAGACUAACGAUUCUACGGCAAUCCCUACGACAGAAGCGCCCACUCCGAAGGCUGCCUCGCCAGCCACUGACCCGUUCGGGUUCCCUACAAUGACUGCUGCCCCGGUCUUACCCUCACCCGUAGCUGGCAUAGAUGCUUUUGAUGCUGCAAUGAGCGGAAUCUCGCCUGGUGCUCCAUCGGCAGCGCCUCAAUUCUCGUUUGAUGAUACCUUCGACUUCGCUGCGGCAACCGCUUCAAAGCAACCACUCGCUUCAAAUCAAAAUGGUAACGCUAUAGCGAACGGUGUCGGGAAAACCGGCUUCGAUGAUGUAUUUGGUUUCCCCGGCUCCUCUCCAGCGGUGCCAGCCGCUACACCCUCGGCCCCGCCUACUGGCAAUACUGAACCGUCCAAGCCUUCAUUUGAUAGCAUAUUUGCCACUGGUCCACAACCCUCACAGCCGUCGGUGCCCCCAACCACGAACCCGAGCACGUUGACGCAGAACACCUCUAGCUUCGUUGACACCUUCACCGGCUUUGAUUCCACCCCCUCCCUACAGUUCGACCAGUCAUUUACCGCCCCCGGUAGCCAGGCUCCCGCCGCCGCCGCCAGUCCUCCGACAUCUCCAAAGCCAUUCCCGGCUGUAUCUGCCCCAACGUCUCCCGAGAGACCACUGACUGCUCCGGGCCCUGUUUCCCCUCCUCAACGCUCGAAGUCACCGCCUCCUCGUGUAGCAUCUCCGAAGCCGCGCCCCUCAACAUCAUCUAAAGACGGCAAUGAGAAACCAAAAGAGCCCCCUCACAGACACUCUAAGCUCAGCAUUCGCCUGCCAUUCGGGAAGAAGAAGAAGCAGGAGGCUCCGCCGCCUCCUCCCCCGGCCCAAUUCCUGACUCCACCUAUCGAGGAGCCUGGUAGUACUACUCCUGCCGUAGAAGAUGACGUCCAGCAAGUGAAGCAGCUUUGCACCAUGGGUUUCAGUCGUACACAGGCCAUCGACGCCCUUGAAAGACAUAGUUAUGAUCUUCCCAAGGCCCUGAAUAGCUUGUUGGGGUCUCAAUAA